GUCUCGGUCGUCGCAAUAGCGGAGGGCGAAAAACUUAGCCGCAAAGACAAACGGAGCGGGAAGAAGCUCUCUGACCUUCUGCCGGCACAGUGCGACCAUUACAGCUUUUUACGCAGCCACAGUCUCCGACUCGCGGAGAUGUCGCCUUUUGAAGCACACGAACACGGAACGGGCACUGCUGGAAACGAGGCGCUCCAUCGCGAAGUCGGC